CUGGCAGUCAUUGGUGCAAAGACUGUAAUACUAUUUGUGGGACCAUGUUUGACUUUUUCACCCAUAUGCACAAUAAGAAGCAUACACAGGGACAAUUCCAGAAUUCUUCAGAUUUCCAAAGGAAGAUCUGCAGUAAACAUUUCUGCUCCAGGGAGGCAGGGCUAGAAGCCACUGAGACCCUGAAAAUGAUGAGCAUCCUUGUGGCCAGUAGGCCAUCACCUCUAGGAUCUGACUUAGAGAAGGUGGAAUGGUUCGAAAUUUCUGUGCCCAAUGAGUGCUCAUAACCCAGUGGGCUCAAAGCGAGCAGUGGGCGGAGCCGCCGAGGGGCGGAAGGAUCCCAGCGGCCAGGUCUGCGAGUGAGCAAGCGGACCUAGUGGAGCCAUGAGCUGGACCUGCCCGCGUUGCCAGCAACCUGUUUACUUUGCUGAGAAAGUGAGCUCCAUGGGCAAGAACUGGCACCGCUUCUGCCUGAAAUGUGAACGCUGCCACAGCGUCUUGUCCCCUGGUGGACAUGCAGAGCACAAUGGGAGGCCAUAUUGCCACAAGCCGUGCUAUGGAGCUCUCUUUGGACCCAGAGGAGUGAACAUUGGUGGUGUGGGCUGCUACAUCUAUAACCUCCCCACUCCUCCUGCCAACAGCACUCCCCUCAGCCCUAGUGAUUUCAGCCCCCCAAGGCCACGGACAGGCCUCCCCCAAGGCAAGAAAAGCCCUCCCCACAUGAAGACAUUCACUGGGGAGACUUCCCUGUGCCCCGGCUGUGAGAAACCCGUCUAUUUUGCUGAGAAGGUGAUGUCUUUGGGCAGAAAUUGGCACCGACCCUGCCUGAGGUGCCAGCGUUGCCAGAAGACCCUGACUGCUGGAAGACAUGCCGAACAUGAUGGCAUCCCCUACUGCCACAUCCCCUGCUACGGCUAUCUGUUUGGCCCCAAAGGUGUGAACAUUGGUGAUGUGGGCUGCUACAUUUAUGAAUGAAGAUAAGAUCCAAAUGAGCUACUCACAGCAGAAGUCAUCCUACCUAAGGCUUCUCACCAUCCCCUUCCUGGCCCAAUGGGGGCUACACAAUUUGCUAUUUUCUUGGGGUGAGGGAAGACAAGAUCCUGGGGGCUGAGCCUAGGUUUCACAGUAGAUCUCUUUCUUUUUCCUAUUUGGCUAGAGGACUUAUGCCACCUUAAUUUAAAUGGUAGCCUACUGACCUUCCCAAUUCCUUUCUGGGCAAAUUCUGGAGCUUCAAGCUAUAUCAUCAAACUUGCUUAUUGAGCCUCAGUGUCUCCAGCUUCUCUAAUAAAAUAUUGGCUUCUA